AUGAUUGCUAAUGGUCAUAGCAUGGGCGGAUUAUGUAUAGGGCCAGGAGGGGCUUUGGCCCCCUGUCUGAUUUCCAAAGCUAGCGACAAGAAGUCAAAAUCGAUUUGUAUCUUACGUUGUUACCCAGUGCCUCCCCCAUCGUCGCUAGUCCCUACCUCCUUACAUUGCUCAGUCGCUGCUCGUUGGUCUCGCCAUUCACCACCACAACAGCUGUCACCGGAAAUCAGCUUCUUGAAAUUGGUCUCGCCAUUCACUACCCUUCUAUCACUUGAACUUGUUGUUGCAUCUGGUGUUCCAUGUUGCAGAUGUGCUCCUUAUGAUUUCAUUAGCCUUCCACACAAGGUCAGUUUAGGACAUAAAUUAUGUUAUUGUUUUCCCUUUGAUAGUGUUUAUAAGGUGGGGACAAUGGCUGGAGGAGCUGCAGAUUGUCAGUUUUGGCACAGAAAUUUAGGCAUUAAGUGUUGUUUGCAUGAAUUGGCAAACAAGAGUAGGAUUUUAGUGACUGGCGCUUCAAAGAUGCUUGCCAACAUUCUCUAUUCUUACCGUGGGAUGGGUUUUUCUGUUGGGGGCUCUGUUCAAUCUAAAAGAAGCCUUCUGCUUGAACUGCAACAAAGAUCCACAAAAUUUGAUUCUAUAAUUGAAAAGCAUCAGAAUAUUAGGUUUGCACUGGUUGAAAGGAUGCCAGUUCUUGAUGAAGCAAAUUUCAGUAGAAGGAGGAAUGGUUCUACUUCUAUUCCUUCAACUUCAAUGGGAAGUAGUGUUCCUAAUGGAGUUAUUAAAACAACUGCUGCUCCUUUAGUAGACUUGCUUGAUUUAGGAGGAGGAGAAGAACCUCCUCCACCAAAUACAAAUAGCAUGAUGACAGGUGACAACUUUCUUCAAGAUCUUCUUGAUGUUGGAAUGUCCCCAUCUUCAUCACAACCAGUUACAAAUGCAAACCAGGCUAAAAAAAGUGGCAUAGAUGUUCUGCUUGAUCUAGCUAUUAGGCUUUCUACAACUGUAGUUGUUAUUAUCUUUGAUUAA